AUGAAAUAUGUAAACGUUCUUUUCCUGAACAAUGUUGUCCCUGCAUGUGUGGUCAGCAUACUCAGUGCAUGUGUGGCGAUUGGACUUGUCUUAGGCGGUUUUCUGCCCAACAGUGAUAGCAGAUGGUGUAUGUGGUUUGGUGCUACAGGCUACUUAUUCACUUUCAUUGUGUGGCAUUGCCGAAAGUUGGUCUUCCUGGACAUCUCCUGCAUUAAGCAGGCGGAUUCAAUUCAAAAGACUGACGCCAUCAUCAGCAUGGGCGCCUUCCUGAAAAACUCGAAGUCCAUGUUGGUUUUUUGGGAUUCCACAUACGUGACAAGACUGUGGUGUGUAUUUGAGCUAAGUGGCUUCUUGCACAGCCGCAAGCCCAACAGCACAACUGAACUGGCAGUUUGCCCGCUGCCACUGGGGGUGGCCUUCGUACUAGGUCAUGUUUCCCUCACUUUAUUCCUGUUCGUGUUGAUGACCCUUGAAGACGCGAUGGACGACGCUUGGGUUCAUAUUCUGGUUGUUCUCGUUUUGGGCAUUUGCUGCUUUACUGCUUUGGCGGCUGCAUGUCGAGAGUAUUUCCGAAAUGUCCAGGAGAUGCAACGUCAGUUGACCUCGUUUACAUGUGCGCAGGCAAAGAGUCAGUGUUGCCAGAAAGGCCACGAGGGUGCACGUGCCGGCUCGCUUUGCGACCGAGAGAUUAUUCUUCACUGCAUCAUUGCUUGGUUUGGCAGUGUGGAAGAGUUCGAGCUCCGUGUGCGGAAUGAAGUGAAAACCCUGCUUAGUCAGCAGCUUGCCGACAAUGUCUUCACCUACAGACUCUUCCUUCAACUGGGGUCGCCAUUCUUCUGGUAUCGACUAGGCCUUGUGCCGAGCCACCGAGAGGACUAUCGCAAGAUGAUAGCGGAGCUUGCCUACGUCUUUGUAUAUUGCUUCGUAGUUUACCCGAUGAUGUUCAAGCUCUGUGUCCUUGCGUGCGCGAAGUUGCGCACCCGAUGUUGCAGCCUCUAUGUCGACGUCCUGCUCUCAAGUGCGGUCGUGGGCCUUGGAGCUGUGUUCUAUGUCAUUUGCUGGUUAGUAAACAUUUACGUGUUUCAGUCGCCUGCUCGCGAGUGGGAUGCAAGUAUCGUCUCCCUGUGCAUGUGGGCUCCCAUUGCAGUUGCGCUGUGGCGAUGCUUCCCGGUGCCUUUGUGA